UUUCCCUCCAUAUUUUUCUGUGAUUAAUUUUUUUCAAGAUGGUUAGAGAUGGAAAGGUGCAGGUGAGGGUUUUGUCCCGCUGUCUCCACAGGAAUUCUGAAACAUUUUGGACGACGACAGGCAUGUUCCCACAGGAAUUCAUUAUUGGUUUUCCCAAAUGUGUGAAAAUCAGCAAAGUCGCAAUCCAGUGUUAUUUGGUGCGGACCUUAAGGAUUGAAAGAAGUGUAUCCAAAGACCCUGUGGGUUUUGAACAGUGCAUUGAAAAAGAUUUGCAACACACAGAAGGACAGCUCCAAAUGGAAGAAUUUCCACUUCCUGAAUUCCAGGCCACUUACUUGCGUUUCAUCAUCAAAUCUGCCUUUGAUCAUUUUGUGUCAGUGCACCGGGUGAUGGCAGAGGGCACAGCAGAAAAUGCUUAAGUCCAGCUUACAUCUGGACCUCCAUUCUUUUGUACUGAAGUGACAUCUUGAUAGCUGUAUUGCAGAGAAUGUUUGUUUAUUAUUAGAACCUUGUAUUAAAGUGUUUUUUUUGAAGGUAUGGAUGUAGUAUGUAUUCCCUGCUGGUGUAACGUAUGGAAUAGGAUAGAAUAAAAUCAUUUAGGUUGAAAAAGACUGUUAAGAUCAAGUCCAACCACAAUGCCAUGCUCUUGUUAAUUGUAAUAACAGCUUUCUUAUUUUAUAACCUAAACUGUCAGUUUAGAACACUUGAGCAUAACUGAGUCCAUUUAAAUUAGUAUAUUUAUAUCAGGCUUUCCUAAUAUAUGAAUUAAAACUCAAUUUCCUGUAAAAUGUUUCCCUUACACUAUGAAUAGAAAAGAAAGCAUUAAGUACUUAAAUGGGAGGUACUACUUCCUACUGUCUAGCAAGUCCUUCAAAGGUCCAUAAACUGGUAACUUUCUCAUCAGCUCAAGGAUGAAUAUAAACUGCUAAUGCUGAGAAAUAACCAGGGGGGGGAGAGGGGCAGGGUGGGGAAGGAAAUAAUGUGAAGACAUAUGAAGUGCUCUGAUAGACUUUUAAUAAUUGCAGAUCAAUCCCUUGUUUCUAUAAAUAUUUUCUAGAAUCAGGUCACAGCCGUCAGUGCUUUAUGCUGUGGCCGCCAUAACAAAUAUUCAUGGAAACAAGUGGAGAUGGAGAUUGCCUUGCUCAGAAGCCUCCUGAAGUCAGUAAAAGUGUGUGUUUAGGAAGAGUCGUAUGUAUACAAGAGAAAGAGAACCUUAGUAAUGUUGAAUCAGUUGCUUUGCAUGCCAGAAGACUCUUGCAGGAGCCAGCACCUCUGAAGUUUAUCCUGCAGGAUAGUCCUUACACAUGUAAAUGUUGGUUUCCAGUCCUUACAAAUAUAAGUGUUGGUAUGAGAGCUCAAUGGACCCAGCUACCACAUUACUGCUUGUGGUAUAAGUGGAGUAAGAUAGUACAGAGCAGUAGUUGGGGUUGUAAUGAUGACACUUGAAAGCCUCUGGACAAACACAUAAUGAACCCCAUUACGGAUGCUCUUUAGAUGUACAUAAAAUAUUCCUUUUCU